GAACCUUUUCUCUUUAGAAAGAUUUUUCUUUCUUUUGGCGGGAAAUGGCUAAGUAUGUAAAAGUUUUCCAUUGAGAUUUUAAGCUCUGAUACAGUUCUCACAGCUAGAUAAGAAGACAAAAUGGAAAGAAUGGAAAGCCAGGCAGUAUUUGAAUCGCUGAAUUUAAAUCCAAGACUUCUCAUCAACGAAGUACUCAACACCGUCGAAUACUUGCUCGACGACGCCUUCGAUUACUUUCAUAAAGAAGCUUCCACUUUAUUGAACACCGAUGGCACUGAUAGAUCUCAACAUCUGACCCAGGGAAUUGAUCAAAUUCGUAGUGUGAUACAAUCUAAUGUCGGAACGAGAUUGGGGUUGUGGCAAGAAUACUGUUUGCGUAACUGUUUCGCGCUUCCUCAAGGUUUCUCUUUGCCUAAAAAUGAAUCAUUUGAUGAAAGUUUGGCAAUCCAAGAUGUGCUAAUUGAUCCGGAUUUGGAUGCACAAUUGGAUUCCUUAAGAGACAAGCUUAAUCUGAUGGAGAAGGAGAAUGCAGAAAUGAACCGUGAGCUUCAAGCACUAGAAAGACAGUUUAAUUCAAGCGAUAGUUGUGCUGCACCUAUCAAUGAAGCAUUACAAUUGUAUGAGCAACAUUCUGCUGACAACAUGUUUCAAGAGAUGGUGAAAACUGCAUCUGAGCUUCGUACAAAAGUAGGUAACUUAAAGACUAGAAGGAUUGAAAACUUGAACAGCGAUGCAAUGAAAAGGAUUUGUGAUCCAAAAAGAGACGUACCAACACUGAAUCAUUGCUUCUCCACUUUAAAGUCGGAAGAUCUUCAAGCAUUUGUUAUUGAUUUGAAGAAAAUGUGAACUUCACAUGUUGUUUGCCACAUGCUGCAGAAUUCUGAAAUCCCCCAUCUAGUACAAUACCGGUAUGUCAUCUGUCAUUUUGUCUACCAAAGCCAUAUAAGGAUUCUAAAUACAUAUACUAGUGUUGUAUGUUGAUCAUAAUGUGAUUCUCUUGGAUGAAAAAUAUUUCUUAUGAAAUUGUAUUUGUCAGUUCGGUUUC